AUGCAGGACUCAGGAGAUCUUUACCCAGACGGGCCACCUAGCCCGGAACUUCUCGCCCAAGAAUUAAAGGGUUCCCCUAUGUAUCGAGAGUCAAUCCAGGAGGCAGUCCGUCGGAGUGACUUUAACGGUAUCCGGGAAUCAAUGUAUAACAAAGUGUGGUAUCUAAGUAUGAGAUACUGCAAGUAUGGUUAUCCAAUGGAGAUAUUCGAGACCACCAUACAUGAUUUCUGGUAUUGCUGUUACCAUGGCGGCAGGUACCUCUCUCACGAAAGUGCCGAACACGAUCGUUUGGUCCUUGACAUCGUCCGUUUCCGCGCGAGAGGUGCUUUGAAGAGACCUAGAAAGCAGAACCACCAGGAAAUUGAAAUCGCCAAGACACCGACCGGCGUAGUCUGGGAAGAUUUGCCUUUUCUUGUCUCAGAUAUGACGGACUACUGGCUUAAUGACUGCGCAACAAUGACUGCGAGCCAGCGCUGCAACUUUGCCCGUUUUCUGGCCAAGCUUGCAUCGGCAGGCCUAUGCAAUGACGGGCUUUUCCAGAUCGCUCUGCUGGUGUUCCGCGAUGCCCUAGAGACCGCGCGGCCUCUUGGGAGCUUCAACGACCCUGGUGACGCCAAUCCCGACCGCAGAAUGCAAGACCUCACUGUUGCUGACUUGCUGCCGGCGGUAUACGCUUGGAUACAAGAAGCACAGUACAAGAUAAUCUGGCUCUCAGCUGAGUCGUGGAAUAACUGCUCUGGUGAUACUGGGCGAGGUGGCGCCACUUUUGUUGAGUCAGAGCUAGGCAAGAAGUCGCCUUCAGGAUUCAGUCACUGGAGAUGGAUGUUCUGGCUGAAGCGACUGGAAGACAUAAAUCAAGAAGCCAAGCAAGCUGGCGAGAAGCUCAUGGCGCAGCAAAUCUCGUUGAUGCUAAACAAUAUGACGAACGGACUUGAGCAAAGAGAUCCUCUAACGUUUAAAAGGUUUGAGGCAGCAGAAGAGUUAAUUCCAGACAAGAAGGAGUUCAGCAUCAAAUACCUCAUCGAGAGGUGGAACAUCGAGUGGUGGCAAAACCAGGAAGAAGAUGGCAAGGAGACUGAGGAGAAUGCAUAG